ACUGCGAAGUUAGAAGUCGAGAACAAAAAGCGGAAGGAAGGGAAGGAGCGCGCUCCCGGUGAGCUGCUGAAGAAGAAAGCGCCCAAACACGUUUAUUUCCCAUACAUUCCAUUCAGUUUAAGAAGCGAGCGCCACCAGCCGCGAGAGCGCUGCGGAUGAGGUAUUUGCAGAUGGAGUGGGGAGGUGAAUAUUCUUUUGAUUCUUCCAACUUGGAUUGUUUGUUAAAUAUACUUCCUGGAGAUCUGGAGUUUCAGCAGAUAUUUGGUGACAUUGAUGAGAAAAUAAAGAAAAAUGCUUCUAGCAUGCAACAGUGUCUUAAUGAGCUACAAUUAGAAAUAAAUGAAACUUGUUCUGAUGAGUUGCUACAGGACACAACUGACUGCCUUCACUGGUUAAAUAAUUGCCGUUUCAGCUCAAUAAAGCCAUUUUCAACACCUCAUGGAGAAUUGAUAAAGUUUCUCCAAACAUUGCAAAGCUUACUGAAGGAUGAACAAAACCAGGAAGAAACAGUUCUUCACUUUCUGCUUGAUCUCUCCAGUCAGUGUGGUGUCUUCUUUCCCUGUACUCCAAGUGGAACAUCCUUUGAGUUUACAUCCAGUACUUCCCUUCACGGUGUUGAAGACAAUUCAGCAGUGGAUGCUCAGUGUAUUUGGGAUGAUGUAAGAUUAUAUCUUCGGCGCUUCUUAGUAAACCAACUGCAAAAUCAUAAUGAAACAAAAACUGCUGCUUUUCAACAGCAGUUGCAGUCUAAAGCUCAGUGUCUACAACAGCUUUUAUUUCUUUACCCUGAGACAGAAGUUCUAGUGAAGUAUCAAAAACUGCAGAAUAAAUUGGUUAGUGAUCUUUUACAGAAAUGUGUUCUAGAAAGCAUUGGUGAAACAAACUUUGAAAAGAUGGUUCAUGGUUACAAAAAAUCAAUUCCUUCAUUGUGUGCAAUGAUAAAAGAAGAUUUGUACAUACUAAGUGGAAUUAUUGAUCCUUCAUCAACACUGAAGUUUAUUAAUGAAACUUAUUUGGAUACCAUCACAAAAGAAAUGACAAUUCUUCUUGAAACACUUUGUGAGCUUCAGUUUAAAGAAAAUACAUUACAUGGUGUUAAGGCAAACAAGACAUCAAAGAAGCACAGAGGAGUAGCUCAUGUUGGGGCAGCUAAGGAAUGUUAUAGAAAAGAGAGAAAUUACUGUUUAACACUACAUCAACUCAGAUGUCUUUCUGAACUUAUAAAGCUUUUUUUAUUGAUGGAAGAAAAGGUUGAAGAACUAUCUUCAGAAAUGCUGUUAUUGCCAUGUUUUUCUGAGAACAAAAAUGUUCAAGGAGUUCUGAAGAAAGCUAGUGGGGAGCUUUUAAUAGGGGAAAGUAGAGCAAAUGAAACCAGUGUGCUUCCUGAACAGUUACUUCAUGUAAAAGAGACUACCUUGCUAGAUUUUGGCUGGAGAAAAGCAUUUAAAGACCUGUCCUCUUCAGUAGCACACUGUAUAACAAUUGCAGUAGAAGAUGUUUCCAAUAAAAUUCUUCAACAUGAGCAGAAUGAGCAGACUUCAUCUACCUGUUAUGUGAUGCGCCUUGUAAAGGUACCACACAUGAAGGAGCCCUGGGAAAUAGUCGAUGAGGAAGAACAACCAAAACAAAUUUCAAAGUUUUGUUCUGAUAUCAUGGAGGAGCUUGACACAUUGCUUCCAUUGGCUCUGGCAUGCAAAGAUGAGUCUCUCCAGGAAAUUAGAGCAAACUUUGUAGAUGCCUGCUGCAAAGUAGCAACAGCUAUCCAGACAAGGUUGGAGGAGAGAAGUAAAGAUAUCCCUUCCAGAGCUCCAUUGCAGAACCUAUAUACUAUUCUCUCCACAGCAGUGCAUGUCUAUCAGCAUUUUAAGAUGUAUCAUAAUCUAAUGAAAGAGACCAGUACAAAGCCUUUGUUCCUAAUGCCUCUCCAGCAAUAUCAGGAAUUGAUCAGUGUUCUUCAGUUGCAAGUUACAAACUACUGCAUCAGAGUUUGUGCUACAAGCAUUUUACAGGAUGCUGACAGUCACUACUGGGAAGACUACAAAGCUUUUUAUGAGGGGGAAAGAUGCUCAUUCUCUAUCCAGAUGUGGCAUUAUUUCUGCUGUGCACUUCAUCAUGAUCUAUGGACUGUUCUACCCCCCAUCUUAGCCCAGGAGAUUCUAAAAGAAGUGCUGGAGGAAUCAUUGGCACUCUUGACUUGCAGAUAUUUUCAGGCCCAGCCCAGUUACAAGAGAACACCACAGAUAAGAACAGAUGUUACAGCAAUUCUGAUGUCCUGUGAAAACAUGCUGUGGUCAGUCUGUGGUUCUGUGCAAGAACUUUUGAGCCCUCAUAAAGACAGAAAUCAUCAUAUUUAUAAAGUACACGAAUAUUGCAAUAAUUUACUUGCAGCAGCUGUCAUUUUAACUGCACCACUGGAUAAUCUGUAUAAAACAUUCCAUAGUAGCUCUGGUGAUCACUUGCCUUCAGACGUUUUGGAGCCUACUGUUAAUCAGCCAUUACACUGGUUAUCUGGCAUUGCAGAAUUUUCUGCUUCUUUACUGAAGACUCCAUCACCCAGAGAAAUGGCAGCUCAGGGUCAACUCAAGCUGCUCUUAUCCCAACCAUAUUGUAAUUGGAACUUGCUUUUGGAAACAUUGCUACAUCAUGAUUGUCUCUUAGUGAAAAUUUUACUGAAGAGUUCCCAAUCUGAAUUGUCCAAAGGUAGAAAAAAAAGUAUUUGCCUGAACAUGAAAAGCAACAAAGAACCUAGUCUGACUGAAGCAAUCUUUACAGUGCUGUCUUAUUGUACUUUAUCACCCAAAUCACUUGGUGGUGUUCUUGAGAACUACAUGGAAAAAGAACAAGUGUGGGAUUGUUUAUACAAUAUAUCAGUUUUUAGUUGUGUUGAGUCAGAACCGGAGGUUAUCAGAUGCUUGAAGCUGAGUUUGGUAAACUCAGUUAAGGGUAUUGUGAAGCAGGUAAUUUCUUUGAUGCAUUCAUGGGAAGCAACAGAGAACUAUGGAACCUAUCAACACAAGCAAAUUGUUCCUGAAAGUUUGCUGAAGACUGUCCCAAAGGAAUGGAAUUACACACCUAGAGAAAUGAACAGAAAAGAAUCUGGGAAAUGCUUCACGAGGCUUGCUGCUCAGGCGGUAUCUAUUGUAAUCAACAAGUUACCUACAGUGAUUGCAUGUUUGCCUCCCCCAAUUAAGUAUUUCUUUCUUCUCUCUGAGAGAAAAAUGCCAAAAAACUUAAUUGAAUCAAAAAAAUCUGGGCUUCUUGUCUGGAUCUUGAUUGAAAUUAUGAGUCGGAUAUUUGAGGAUGGAAACACCACAGAACUUUUAACGGGUUCAACUCUUGACAGAUGGAGCAAAGAGAAACUCAGUUUGGUUUGUGUAUGUUUGGAAAAUAUUAUAGGAAAAAAGGAAAAUAACCCUAAACAAGUGACACACAAAAUUAUACAGAACAUUGAACAACAAAGGCCAAACUGGAUUGAAAACCAGUUACUAAAGGCAAGAAAGCUGAGCAUAGACUGUACUGUUACUGCAGCUGAAGAUAGCAGAAGCUUAGAAGAGGAAGCUAUUGAGCUUGAAUUGACUGAGCAGAAAAUAAACAUGAUGGUCCUGGAUAUCUGCCACAAACCAGGUGGCAGUGAAUACCUGAGGCAAAUUUAUCACAUCAUCCAGCUCAAUGAGGAAUAUUUGAAUGAACAGCUAUCUUAUGAAGAAUCUUCUGGAAAAAACAGUGCAAGCAUUAGAUCUUUAAAUGUGAAAUUGAGAAGCAAAGAACAGCAUCCUGGUUUUGAUCCUUUCCAUGUGCACUACUUGUAUUGCACUAAUGUGUUAGAAAAGUCUACCAUUACUGAGUGCAAAUGGGAUUGGUCAGAUUUGCUGCCACAUUGUUUGGGACUCAAUAAAAUGACCUUCAGGGCAUUACUGGCACACAGAUGGGAGAUGAAGGAGGAAGAAGAUCUAGAAGAGGAGAAAAAAGUGAUGUUGGAGCACUUAAAAAAACUUUAUCUCAUACCAAUCUCUCUUGCCUCAGAAGAUAAUAUAGAACAGAGAACUUGACAUGAAUACUACUUUCAUGAAAAAUUCUAAAAAUCAAAGAUUGGAGGACCCUCCAGAGCAGAUUAGGAGGACACAGGUGUGGAGGGAGGAAGGAAGGAGAAUUCCAUCAUGUUCACUGGCGCAAUGUUGGAUCUUUCACUCUGUAUUAUUUGUACAAAUUUUGGCUUGUUUGUUGGUAUUUCUUAGGAACUCCUAGGUAUUAUAUUUUGUUACUUUAUAUGUUGUUUAUUGGUAUAUAGAUUUACCAUGUCAAUAUCUAUGGACGACUUAAAUAAAAAUUCAAAAACUCUCUGUGUGCAAGGCGUAAUAGAAUACAUGGAAAUACCGUUUCACAUUUUAGUAGAAUAGAUGAACAGUCUUUAAAAUCCAUGUAAGAAUGGUUUCAAAAUCUGAAAUAUAUUUCAAACACAAUCUGGCAGCUUUGGCACCUGACUACUAAAUUGCCAUAUUAAGGCUGCAAUCCUAUUCACACAUAUCUGGGAGUAAGCCCCAUUAAACAUACCAGGUUUUACUUCUGAGUAAACAUGCACAGGAUUACACAUCUAGUAUGUCUACUGUUUGAACAUUCACAAGGCAACAUUUCAGUGAUCAAAACUUCUCUUUGUUUCUUCCAAGUUCACUCUUCUGAGGAAAUGAGAACUGGAUCUCCAAAACAGAGGGAGAGGGUUCAGGGACUUUCUUUUUUCCUUAGCUGCGUGCUGGCUGCAUGCAAUUAUUCUAGCCUCUUCUCUUGAAAUCCUAUAGUCUGAUUUGAUGCUUUUCUGCACAUAGCAGCAGCGGAUAAGAUGCCUGAUGAGUAGCUCUGCCUGACUUAACUAAAAUAAGAUUCUCCUUUAGGGCUGCCGUUUAAACAGCAAAAACAAAUCUUACAUGUAUAUAUGUCUCCCUUAUAUUUACUUUCACACACUGUACAUAUGAAGUGCGUAUUUCUACAAAGGGAAGUACCUAAGGAAUAUUGAAAGUAUCUAAUGCCAUGACUCACCUUUGAUUAUACUUAAAUCUUCAUUAUCUUUACAUCUUAUUAUUGCAGAACAUUCCUGUUUCUGUCCAAAUAUCUUAUUUGUGAAAACAAAACAAAACAAAGAAGGCUGGGAAGGGUGCAAUUUCCUCUUCUGCACUUCCCUCUUCCCCCCUCAUUCAUCUGUAUGAGUACAAAUAUUUACAAUGCUGGAUGAGGUGGAACCUUUGUUAUAUUCCAUACUAGAAUCCAGGGGCUGCAGGAAUGCCAGGGAGGGUUGCCUGUCACACACGGUUGCCUGUCACUACAUCUUGUUCAAGCAAAGAAGUGCAACCCUCGGUACAUUUAUUGUUCAUUUUGGUCUGUCAUCAGGAAGAUGUUUAAGGCCAUGUUUAGGCUUCAUGUUUUCAGUCACUACCCAUAUUUCCAAAUUAUAGUCAACAAAUAUUUGUUGUUGAAAUAUGCUCAAAUAUGCUCAAAAAUGGUUGUUAGCACAGUAUAUAGAUACAUUUUCAUUUUGUUCUUGUCUAUUAAUCUUUGAUUACUCAAAUUCAGCUGUGUGCCCCUCUUGUAUUUUCUUCCA